AAGAGGAAGUCUAAGGAGGCUGGAAGUGACUCUUUGCUCAGCCCAAAGUACCUGGAGAGCAGGAGAAAAUGGCAGGAUGCAAGAGGGGGAAAGGAUGGGGUCACACAAAGAAAAAGAGCUAGACUUGACCUCUUUUCCACUCCAGGAAUGAGAUGUAAGCCAGGAGGCAAGCCUGAGGCCGAGAAGCCCCCAGGGACGACAGAAUCUCCUGCAGGACUGGAGGUGGCCGGGGCUGAGGUUGUGGUCCUGAUGGCGGCCGCAGGCAAGGUGGAUGGAAACGAGACCAAGAGAAAAAAAUAAGUGACUUAGUAACUUAACUUUACCCAGAGAGUGGAACAUAAAAUGCAAGAUUUCAAACCCUGCCCUUCCAUUUCAUCUUCAUCUUUGAAAAAUACAGGCAGAGGUGAGCUGAUUUGGCUUGCUACCAUGGGUGAGGAUCUUGAAGGAGAAACUUGGCUGAACUUCUCCAUUCCCUGGGGCUUCGGCAAGGCAGUAGAGGAUGAAGGAGCACACCUAUGCCCCCACAGGACAAAGUCUUCAGGCUGGCCACCUCCCUCGGGAACCUGGGGCUUGAACCAGGUGCCGCCCUAUGGAUGGGAGAUGACGGCAAACCGGGAUGGACGAGACUGCUUCAUCAAUCACAUGACACAGGCAAUCCCAUUUGACGACCCUCGGUUGGAGAGCUGCCAGAUCAUCCCUCCGGCUCCUCGGAGGGUGGAGAUGAGGAGGGACCCUGUGCUGGGGUUUGGUUUCGUGGCAGGGAGUGAAAAGCCAGUGGUCGUCCGCUCAGUAACACCAGGUGGCCCCUCCGAAGGCAAGCUGAUCCCGGGAGAUCAGAUUGUAAUGAUCAACGAUGAGCCGGUUAGUGCCGCGCCGAGGGAACGGGUCAUCGACCUGGUCAGAAGCUGCAAAGAAUCGAUACUCCUCGCUGUCAUUCAGCCUUACCCUUCUCCCAAAUCAGCAUUUAUUAGUGCUGCAAAAAAGGCAAGGUUAAAGUCCAAUCCAGUCAAAGUGCGAUUCUCCGAGGAGGUCAUCAUCAACGGCCAAGUGUCGGAAACUGUUAAGGAUAAUUCACUUCUUUUUAUGCCAAACGUCCUGAAAGUCUAUCUGGAAAAUGGGCAGACCAAAUCGUUUCGCUUUGACUGCACCACCUCCAUAAAGGAUGUCAUCCUAACCCUUCAAGAGAAACUCUCCAUCAAAGGCAUCGAGCACUUCUCCCUCAUGCUGGAGCAGAGGAUGGAAGGAGCCGGAACGAAGCUGCUCUUGCUUCAUGAACAGGAGACCCUAACUCAGGUGACCCAGAGGCCCAGCUCGCAUAAGAUGAGAUGUCUUUUCCGAAUUAGCUUCGUCCCAAAGGAUCCAAUUGACCUUUUAAGGCGAGAUCCAGUUGCUUUCGAGUAUCUGUAUGUUCAGAGUUGUAACGACGUCGUUCAGGAGCGGUUUGGGCCGGAGCUGAAAUAUGACAUCGCCCUGCGGCUGGCGGCGUUGCAAAUGUACAUCGCAACCGUGACCACCAAGCAGACGCAGAAAAUCUCCCUCAAGUACAUUGAAAAAGAAUGGGGAUUAGAGACUUUUCUUCCCUCUGCUGUGCUGCAAAGCAUGAAAGAGAAGAACAUAAAGAAAGCACUUUCACACCUUGUCAAAGCAAAUCAAAACUUGGUACCACCCGGUAAAAAGCUCUCCGCACUUCAAGCCAAGGUCCAUUAUCUCAAGUUCCUCAGUGACCUUCGACUGUAUGGGGGCCGUGUGUUCAAGGCAACAUUAGUGCAGGCAGAAAAGCGCUCAGAAGUGACCCUCCUGGUGGGGCCCCGCUACGGCAUAAGCCACGUGAUAAACACCAAAACCAAUCUAGUGGCUCUUUUAGCUGACUUCAGCCACGUCAAUAGGAUUGAGAUGUUUACUGAAGAGGAGAACUUGGUGAGGGUGGAGCUCCAUGUGCUGGACGUGAAGCCCAUCACGCUCUUGAUGGAAUCUUCCGAUGCCAUGAACCUGGCCUGCUUAACGGCUGGAUACUACCGGCUGCUUGUGGAUUCCAGGAGGUCAAUAUUUAACAUGGCCAACAAGAAAAACGCAGGGACCCAGGAUACAGGAACUGAAAAUAAAGGAAAGCAUAACCUCCUUGGCCCAGAUUGGAACUGUGUACCCCAAGUGACCACAUUCAUUGACGAAGGGGAGCAAGAAGCACAGAUAACAUAUAUAGAUGCAAAGCAGAAGGCAGUUGAGAUUCCAGACGGCACCUUGUGUCCAAAAGACCACCACCGGCACUUGUACAUGGACAACACCUAUAACUCAGACGAACUCAGCCAGCAGCUGACCCAGCCGGGAGAUGCUCCGUGCAAGGCAGACUACAGAAGUCUAGCUCAGCGGUCCCUGUUGACUCUCUCAGGACCAGAAGCUCUAAAGAAAGCACAGGAGCCUCCAAGAGGAGCUAAAGUGUCCUUUAUUUUUGGAGAUCUCGCCUUGGAUGAUGGUAUCACUCCCCCGACUCUCGGCUAUGAAAGACUGCUGGACCAGAGUCCAGAACUGCUGGAGAAGCAGAGGAAUCUCUACAUCAGCGGUGCCAAUGACACGAAGAGCCUGGAUCUCACUCCAGACGCAGAGGGCAUCCAGUUCGUGGCCAAUUCUGUGUAUGCAAACAUAGGCGACGUGAAGAACUUCGAGGCUGCCCAGGGCAUAGAGGAGCCCCUCUUGCACGACAUCUGUUACGCGGAGAACGCCGACGACGCGGAGGACGAGGAUGACGUGAGCUGCGAGGAGGACCUCGUGGUGGGAGACAUGAACCAGCCGGCCAUCCUCAACCUGUCUGGGUCAAGUGAUGACAUCAUUGACCUCACGUCCCUGCCCCCGCCCGAAGGGGACGACAACGAGGACGACUUCCUGCUGCGUUCCUUGAACAUGGCUAUCGCCGCGCCUCCACCUGGCUUCAGAGAUAGUUCCGACGAGGAGGACUGUCACGGCCAGGCCGCUCCCUUCCUGGGGGACAAGGAGGCAGGCGGCACCCUGCAGAACGACGAGAUCCCCGUGUCCCUUAUCGACACUGUGCCCACCAGCGCCGAGGGCAAGUGUGAGAAGGGCCUGGAUAGCGCCGUCGUUUCCACGCUGGACACUCUAGAAGCUCUGUCCGUGUCAGAAGAUCAGCAGACCAGUGACAAUUCAGGUGUAGCCAUCUUGCGGGCUUAUAGUCCCGAGUCCUCGUCAGACUCGGGCAAUGAAACUAACUCUUCGGAAAUGACGGAGAGUUCUGAACUGGCCACGGCCCAGAAGCAGUCAGAAAACCUCUCCCGCAUGUUCUUGGCCACUCACGAAGGCUACCACCCCCUUGCGGAAGAGCAGACAGAGUUCCCCACCUCCAAAAGCCCACCUGGGGCCUUGCCUCCGAAGGCCUCCCACACCCUCACUCCCCGUCCAGUGAGCGACCUCCCGCCCAAAGUUGUGCCUUCCAAGCAGAUCCUUCACUCGGGCCACGUGGAGAUGGAGCCCGAAACCAUGGAGACUAAGUCAGUCACUGACUAUUUUGGCAAACUGCACAUUGGGCCGAUGGCAUAUUCCUGCACCAGCAAAAGGAAAAGCCAGCCGGCCGACGGGGAGGGGAAAGCAUCCCUUAAUGGGAGCAUGCCAGGGAAAAAACAGCAGGGGACCAAAACGGCAGACGUGGAGGAGGAUGCCAAAGGUCAAUUUGCUAGUGUGUCUUCAAGGGACAGUCAACACCUGAGCACUUUUAACCUGGAGAGAACUGCCUUUCGCAAGGACAGCCAGAGAUGGUAUGUGGCCACUGAGGGGCCUAUGGCUGAAAAAAGUGGGUUGGAAGCAGCAACAGGGAUAACCUUUCCCAGAGCUUUGGCUGUGGGAACCACAGAGACCGAAGGGAAGGAUGAUGGGGCUCCUGAUGGAGAAGCCGUUGAGGUUUCAGGACUUGGCCAGCGGGACCACUUCUUAACAGAGGUGACCUGUGUGUCUUCAGCCAAAGACUUAGGUAACCCGGACGAUGCUGACCCGUCCACCUGUGACCAUCCUUCCAAGCUCCCCGAGGCGGAGGAGAGCGUGGGCCGCCUUUGUGACUACCACUUGGCCAAGCGGAUGUCGUCGUUGCAGAGCGAGGGCCAUUUUUCUCUGCAGAGCUCUCAAGGCUCCUCGGUGGACGCAGGCUGUGGCACGGGUAGCAGUAGCAGCACUUGUGCCACUCCGGUGGAGUCCCCGCUCUGCCCCUCCAUGGGGAAGCACCUGAUUCCUGAGGCUGCCGGGAAAGGUGUGAGUUACCUUCCUUCCGAGGAGAGAGCCACCGGGCUUCCCAGCCACGGAGCCGCCUUUAAGGAAUUACACCCACAGACAGAAGGGAUGUGUCCACGGAUGACAGUGCCUGCCCUGCACACGGCCAUUAACGCCGAACCCCUGUUUGGCACUUUGAGAGACGGAUGUCAUCGACUCCCCAAGAUUAAGGAAACCACAGCUUUGACAGAGCCUGGGAAGGAGAGACGAGGAGGCAUGCCUUCAGCUUGGCCUCAACAUCCUAAAGCUGAUCCCACCCUGCUACCAUCAAACAUUCACUCGGAAUCAAAGGUGCCAAUUCCAAAUCAAGACCCUACUGAUUUCUCCCAAGCAAACCAGGCCUACGGAGAGGCUGUGAGCUGGUGGCCACUGGAUCUGCGAGGGGGGAGCCUCAGGACACCCCCCAGCCAGAGGGCUCUGAGACGUAGCAGCAGUAUCCUCUCGGGAUCUGUAAGUUUGGAGACCUUCCGGGAGAGAAGCAAAGGUGCAGUCAGCUUAAAGUGUCCAGGUAUCACAGAAGCACAGGAGGCCAGUUCAGAAAGGCACGCAGAACUCCCCCUAGGGAAGAAGCUCACCAAAAGUUUUUCCCAAAGCUCGAUGCACUUUAGCUCUGAGGGGAUAGUUCACAAAAGGUCCCCAGCGGCUCACAAAAACUCAAAGCUGUAUAGGACAUUGCCCUUGCGGAAGCUGGAAGGCAGCAAUUGGAGAUGCCGGGGACCUUUCAGCUACUGCUUCCUGAAUGGAGGGCAGGAUGAAGAUGGUGAUGAGGACGAAGAGCAGAGAGAGGUCGAUCACCACGUCUCUUGCCUCUUUCGACCACAGAUGACUCAAGCCACGCCAGACCCAAGCAGCCCACCCCUGGCUGUCGGAAUUCAGGAGCAAGGAGGGGAGCUGUCCAGAGGUUCAGUUCUGAAGGUCUGGGCCGAAGACUCGAGUGGCCCAGAUGAUGUGGACUUCAGCAACCUGACUUUUGAUGCCCGGAUUGCAAGGAUAAAUGCCCUUAAGGAGAGCACAUAUGCAAUGCCCGAUGGGUUCCUCGCAGCCCAAAAUGAUGCCAAUGAGCUGCUCUGCCUUGUCAGGGAAACCAAGGGGAAGAAAGGGGAGUCACGCCUUGAAGCGUAUGACCUAACACUUUCUCAGUACAAGCAGCUGUUAUCCAUUGAGUCCAGACAGUUGGGGAGUGCCUGCAGGAAAAUGGCAAUGGCCGAGAAAAGUCCAGAGGAGAUGCUCCUAGCUAUGACUUCCAGCUUUCAAGUGCUCUGUUGCCUAACAGAAGCCUGCAUGCGAUUAGUUAAAGUUGUGAACUCAGAAACACAGCGGCAGGAAAUUGUAGCGAAGAUCGAUGAAGUGGUCAUAAACUACAUCUGUCUCCUGAAAGCUGCCGAGGCAGCCACUGGAAAGACCACUGGGGAUCCCAAUGUUGGACUCUCAAUGCGACAUUCAACCACCAUGGCCGCUCUCGUAAGCACACUAACACGUUCUCUCAAGAUGCUUUUAAAUAAAUAAAGUAUGAAAGUCACGUCAUAAUCUACCUUUGCAAAGCCAUACAUGAACUUUUAUUUACUUUAUGUGUACGAUGAACAGAUGUCUCCUUUCUUCUCUCUGUAUAUUUUGUUAUUUUAUAUGAAAUAGGAGAUAAAAGUCACAUUGAUGAAAAGUUGAAAUGUACUAAUCCAGAUGUAUUCUGUUUCUAUUAUACAUAUAUACACAUGUAGAAGAAAUAUACAAGGAAGUGGUGAUAUUUGGCUAUUUUUCAUAUAGUCGAAACUCCAGGUAUGUGAUGUGAAACGUUAAAUUCUGCUGUGUUGGAGCAAAACAAUGAAUCCUAUCCCCUUUCCUUCCAAGUGGAUACUUGGAGACCAUAUCGUUCAUAUUUAGAAGUAAAAAAGAAAAGAAGAAUCACAAUGUAUAUAAAACAGUACUUAUGUUUUAAAACUAUGAUUUUUAAGCAUUGGAAAUAGCAAAAAGACAUUUAAAAUUCAAAAAGCUAUUAUGAAUUAUUAGAGAAUAUAUAUAAUAAAUUAAUUUUUUGCUCAUAGUGUUUGGUUAUCUGAUGCUUUUUUCCAGGAAUCCUACAUAUUUCAUUUUGGCUUACGCCAUUUGGGCUAGAAAUGGGGUGGGAGUGGAUUCUAUUGUGUCAACACAAAUGCUCUUCAUGAUGUUUCUAGAAUUAAAAUACUUCCCAAAUAGAAGAACAGGGGGAAUGAUGGACAGGUUCCCGGGUAAUACCUACUUAGGGACUAUCUAAUUGCACACAAGGAAAGGAGUUAAUAAUACCAAAAUUAAAUUGUUUGAUGAAAAGAGAGAUCUGCUUUGACUCAGUGUCAAAAUAUACAAACCAAAGACACCAUCUCUCUAGAAUUCCCUUCAGGGUGACAGAACAUUUAGUAAAGUAUUUGCAAAAUUAUAAAAAGGAACAUUUAAUGAUCCUCACAAGUAAAUGCAGGUCCAGUAACGUAAAGCAAAGAGCUUCGUGCAUCACCUCUACGGGAGCCAAUGCUUCCAACCAAAUUUGCAAUGACAACCUAACACUGGGACAAAAUUUCAAAUCUGGAAUGUUCCAGAAAAUCGGGGAAAGAUAGUUACUCUAAUAUGGAAGCCAUACUUAAAUAAAUAAUAAAAGUAUUUUUGAAAUGUUCUAAUCUGGAUUGGCUGAUAGAAAUGUGAAAGCUGAGGGGGAAAAAAAAAGAGUGGUAAACUUGACCGCUUCAAGUGAACCUGACGGAAUGCAAAGAAGUUUUUAGAACCAUCGUCUCUCUAAAAAUGUAUCUUUGGGUCAAAGCAAAAGGAUGCAAAGUCUGCAAUUGUAAAAUAAAGUUGAUAUGUACAUAUGUACUUCGUGGCUCUUUUAGUGCUCAAGCUACACACACUCCUAUUUACGUAGGUGGCUUCUUAGAAUAUGACAGGAGUGUGCCCAGUGCAAAUAUUUCCAUUUCUGUAGGCAUAACACAGUCCCCAGUUGCUGUCUCUCUCGUCAAUUGUUCCGUAGAGACUCAAUAACAAAAGCCACACAUAUUUAUAGGUGGUAGCAAACAAAAGGAGUUUAGACGUGUUAUUAUAAUGUUUAAAUAAUAAAACAUUAUUUGAUUACAGUUAUAAAUAUUGGUGUUUGAUAGUGAGAAAUAUUAAUGAUGUUUACUGUGGAAAUUUUUGGUAAAUGUUCUGUAUACGCAAAUACAUAUUAAUACAGGAUUGUGUUCUAUGUCAGACGUUGUGCUAAACAUAUCAUAUAUCUUAUCUCAUUUAAUCAUCACGACGAUCUUAUGGUUUGGACACUAUCAUUAAUUCCCUAUGGAGGCAAUAUAGUUUCGUAGUUAAGGACAUGUGGUUUGGGGUCAGAAACUUCUUCAUUUAAAUUUGGACUGUGCCAUUUUCUAGCCCUUUCAUCUUGGGAAAGCUAGUCAAUUUUCCUCAGUCUCAAGUUCCUUCUAGUAAUAUGGAAGUCAAUAAUAAGAUCUAUUUCCAUAGGAUUGUCACGAGUUUUAAGUAAAAUUAUGUAUAUAAAGUUCUUACUGCAAUACCUGGCAAAGAGUAAGUACUCAGUGCUAGAUACUAUUAUCAUCAUAAGCAUUGCGUUAAAUAUAUUGCCCAAGGUAAUAUGUAGGGGCUGUUUGUUUUAUACGCAUAUCGUAUCCUGACUCUGUGCAGAAUACAUGAGUGUAUUGCAUAUGUAUAAAAGAAAUAUACAAGGAAGUGAUGAUCCUUGUUCGAUCACAUGUCCAGUUAGAACACCAUCCCAGUCCAUUUCAGUUCUUCGGGAGGCCUCAGUGAAAUAGCUCUGGGUCUUUCUAACCAAUCUCCCAUUACCUUUGGGUGCUCCAGUAAAUUUCUGUUUCUUAUAAACAAACUCUUUACCACUUAGAGAACCUCAAGAGCCCCCCAAUCGCUAAAUGUGCUGCUCCUAAGUGGGGUCCAGGCCCACUAGAGUGUAGGAAGAAUGUAUUAGAAUGCUACUUGUGUUUAUUUUUAUCUAGCCUUUUUUAUGUUUGUGUAUGUUUUAUAAUGGCAUAAGAGUACAGUGGUAUAUGUACAUCAUUUUAAAUAAAUCAAUUAAUUAAUAAGCAUAUGCCUGAUGCAUGUGUGCAAUAAUAUUGUCGCAGGUAGGGUUGCACUCACUAAAGUUCGGAGACCACUGAAGCAGAGAGUGAAACUUCCUUGUCCCUGAGGUCUUUUACAUUUAGUCCCCAGCCUAUUUUUCCAGGUGUACCGCCUAUCAUUUUUAUUCAUCCUUUAUUAUAAAACUUUCAAACGUGUAUAAAGAUAGGCACGAUCAUAUAAUGAAUCAAUAUGUACUCAUCACACACCCAUUCAUGCCCAAUCUUUUCUCUGUUUCUAGGCACCUCCUUCCAAACUGUAUGUAGAAGCAAAUCCCAGACAUCAUAGCACUUAAUCCAUGAAUAUUUCGGUAAGCACUUCCUAUAGAUAAGAAUUUUUAAACAUAAUCAUAAUGCCAUUUUCACACUUUUUAAAAUUAAUAAUUCCCUAAUAUUACCAAAUAAAUAUGUUACAGAAAUAAAUGAUGAAGAAAGUGAAAAUUCCUAUAAACCCAACCCCCAAAGACAGUCGUUGUCAACAAUUUGGGCCAUCUGCUUUCAACUUUUUCUAUAUCUGUGCUAUUGUUAUCAUUAUUGUAGGUGUUUAGGAGUUUCACUUUUGACUCAGAGAGUUAGUCUGAACACAUUUGCCCUUCUCCUGAGUCUCAGUUCCACCAUAGUUUGUGUAAGUGGAUUGGCUGGAGGGAUCUGAUUGACACGGAAAGACAGAAGGGUCAGAUGAACCACCGCCACAGUAUUAGGCUUCUAGUAAAAUCCAGCAACUAAUGCAGUUGCCUUAGACAUUAAAAUUAACACAGACCCCUCAGCCCAGCUGGUAUUAGUCUGAUCACAAAAGAAAUUAUGUUUCAGAAAAAAAAAAAACUGACAAUAUUGAAAUGACCAGCUACAGCAACAUUACAGUAGAUUGAUUCCUUUUGCUAUGAAUUUCAUCUUUCAUUAUAAUUCGUCUUAGGAAAGACAAUUUUCAUUUCUGUUCCUCUUUUAUAUAUUUCUAAAUGUCAGUUGUUCUCUGAAUGUUAUUUCUGAGCUACUCAAGAUGUCACACUAAUUUAUUCCUCCUGGAUUACUCUCCAUUUGGCAAUGGAAAAGUUUGUUCUCUUGGACUGAUUAUCACCGUUCAUAAUUGUGUUAACUGUUUUUGAAAUUGAGAAAAAAGCAAAUUAGCUGUGUUCACGUGAUUC